AUGGCAUUUGGACUUGGUGUUCUCUGCCUGUUACUAUGGGCAAUAACAGGUUCCAGUUGUGAGCAGUGCAGAGAAGGAGCCACGUACUCAGGUGCAGUAAUAUCUCCCAACUUAGAAAACACUAAAAUUAUGCGAGUUCCUCAUGCUAUAUCAGUGUCUGACUGCAUCGCAGCAUGUUGUGACCUCUCUGGUUGUGACUUGUCCUGGAUGUUUGAACGACGUUGUUACAUUGUGAACUGCCAACACAAAGAGAAUUGUGAACCUAAAAAAAUUGAAACUGUAAAGUCCUAUCUUACUUUUGUGCUGAGGCCUUCUCAGAGGCCAGCCUCGCUGCUAGGAUUUGGGCAAGUGAUCCCAAGCAUGGUCCACUCUGUGGGACUCCAGAAUGAGCCGUCUGAGGAAGUGAGUAGCCUGAAGGAGCUGUCUCUGCUUGCCAAAGAUCCCAGCCUUGAGGAGAUACCUGAAUACAUUGAUGACUAUAAAGAGUUGGAGCAAGACCCCUUUCACGUGAGCAUCAAACAUGAGCAGAAGGAGAGCACGGAUUAUGCUGACUGGGGCCUGAUGGUGGCAGGUGAAAAUGGCUUCAACUCUUCCAUGGGUGAUGAUGGAGAAAACCAGGAAGACUUUACUGAAAAGAAAGGGGAGGCUGGGAAGGUGGAAAGCCUUCUGAAUAAAACCAGCUCUGAAUUGAACUCUGUCACUGAAGACUCCAUAGAGAGGUUGUCAUCUCUUCCAGAGAUCACACCAUUCCCCGGGAAGACAUUUGAAAGUGAAGCAGCUGAUGAUGCUUUGCAAAAAGAGGCUGCCACGCCUUCCCCUUCUUCAGACAAACUGGAUUUCUCCCCCGGUGUGUCAGAGAAAACCCAGAAUCCCACAGUGGCCCCAGAGAAUGUCACUGAAGGUGGGAUCAUGCUACUUCCCCCUCAUACUGUGCCAUCUGAGCCCAUGCAGCAAUUCACACCACCUGCUACUGCUGCUAAAGCAGAUACAGUAAAAGAACUUAUUGUGUCUGCUGGAGAUAACAUACAUGUGAUGCUACCCAAAAAUGAGGUUGAACUGAAUGCCUUUGUUGUCCCGUCACCGCCUACAGAAGCAGCCUACACCUACGAGUGGAGCUUAAUCAGUCAUCCUCCUGACUAUGGUGGUGAAAUGGAGCGCAGGCACAGCCAGACCUUGAAGCUCUCUCAUUUAUCGGUGGGACUUUAUGCCUUCAAAGUGACGGUUUCUGGUGAAAAUGCCUUUGGUGAAGGUUUUGUAAAUGUCACGGUCAAACCAGCAGUCAGAGUUAACCAGCCGCCUGUUGCCAUUGCUUCACCCGAAGUACAAGAACUUUCUUUGCCUACAACUUCUACCUUCAUUGAUGGCAGUCAAAGUAUAGAUGAUAUGAAGAUAGUGAGUUACCACUGGGAGGAAAUUAAAGGUCCUUUGCGAGAGCAGAAGGCAUCUGCUGACACACCUGUCUUGCACUUGUCUAACCUUGUUCCUGGAAACUACACUUUCAGACUCACAGUGAUUGAUUCAGAUGGAGCAGCCAACUCCACCAUUGCUUCUCUGACUGUCAACAAACCAGUGGAUUACCCACCUAUUGCCAAUGCAGGACCUAAUCAGGCAGUCACCUUGCCCCAGAACUUCAUCACGCUGAAUGGAAACCAGAGCAGCGAUGACCAUGAAAUUGUCAGCUAUGAGUGGUCGCUCAGUCCCAAAAGCAAAGGCAAGGUUGUAGCAAUGCAG